UUAUUUACGCCACCUGCAUGUCAAAAUGGUGAAAUAUAGGUGUUGAACAGUAGUAGUGCGAUCAGAUGUCUGCCAGUCAAAGUUUCGUUGAAAGGUGCCAGCAGUAAUGGCAUCCAAGACACACCUGGAGGAUGUUGAUGUGUCGUGGUAUGCCUCCAUCGUCCACAACUGCAUCCAGGAGGACAAACUCAGUAAGCUCCGAGGCACCCUCAAGAAGUUCUCCAAGGAGCAGCGCAAGCGGGUCGUCACCUACAAGAUCAACGGCAAUGCACCUCUGUUCAUGGCCUGCCUGCAAGGAAAGGUCCACAUUGGGAACUACCUCCUUGAUGAGUGUAUGGCCGAUGUGGAACAGAAGGGCAUUUAUGAAGUGGAGGAAGACAGAUCCAGGCACCAGGUAACUCCUCUAUGGUGUGCAGCUGUAGCCAAUCGCCUUGAAGUCGUAAAAUCGCUGGUCCAACACGGAGCUCACAUCAACAGCACAUCCGAUACAGACUCAACCCCAGUGCGUUCCGCAUGCUACAUGACAAACAUCUCCGUGGUCAAGUACCUCGUUGACCAUGGCGCCGACAUCCACAAACCCAACAUCAACGGGGGCACCUGCCUCAUCAACUCGGUCCAGAGCUCUGAAUUGUGCUUGUUCCUCAUUAAGAAAGGAGCUGACGUUAAUGCAAGGGAUAACUCUGGAAAUCUGGCUUUGCAUUAUGCCAUACGAGAAGGAAGAUUAGAGACGGUAGAACUUUUACUGAAACAUGGUUCUGACUACCGUGCCAGGAACGACUUCUGUGAUGAUUCUUUGCAGACUGCUGCAUUGAGAGGUUUUGGAAAUAUUGUUGAUUUUAUCAUAGAACACACUGUACAGGACUUGGUCAGUAUGAUUCAUGCUUAUGAACUUCUAGGUGCCAACUAUGUUGAUGAGAAGCAUGAUAUUGCAGGUGGGCUGGCAAUGUGGAAGAAAGCCAUGGCGUUACGUAUCGGUGAUCCUCAGAACAUUGUUCUCAAGGACUUGCCCACCACUAGCCAGAUUGCAUAUGAUAAUGCCAGGGAACCACAGUCAUUUGAGGAACUUGAAGAGAAAGUGAUAGACCCAGAUUCUGUGUACAUGCAAGCGUUGUUGAUCCGAGAACGAAUUCUUGGACCAAAUCACAAAGACACAACGUUUGGGUUGAUGUACCGAGGUGCGGUUUACGCAGACACCCACAGAUACCAACGGUGUGUGGAUUUAUGGAAGUAUGCAUUCCAGCUGAGGCAUAAGAAGGUUGAGGCUCUCAACCACGAGUGUCUGUUCACGGUCCAGGCCCUCGUCAAGCUGUUCUGGGAGAUGCAACUGGAGUUGGAAUCAGGGGCGACAGAUGAAAGAGUCCGGUUUGGGGAUGCCCUGGAGGUGUUUGACCUGCUCAUUCAACACAUCCGGAGCGGAGUGCCCAAAAUGUCAGACGAACCAGUUCCUCAUCAGACUGCCGAUGAUUUCCAGCUCCUCAUGCAGCUGUCCCUUCAUCUGAUCCAUCUCUUAGCCAGACUUGGUUCCCCUGAAGAAAAGCUGCCAUUCAAACGUCUUGUCCACGAGCUGGUACUUCAGGAUCCAAGGGGAACUGAACAAGAAAGUUUGCUUCAUCUUGCCGUUGAUCCCAAAAUCAGUCUUACUAGUGAAGAGUUCUACUCAGCAUUUCCAGCCUUGAGUGUUGUGCAGGUGCUGAUUGAAUGUGGAGCCAAUGUGAACGCUGUUGAUCAAAGAAGAAACACUGCAUUAUACAACAGUGUGAAGUUUCUCACCUACACUGAGCUCCAUGACGAAGGCAUUCUGUAUUGUUUGCUGAACCACGGAGCGCAUGCCGAUAUGUGCAAUAACGAGGGUCACAGCGCCCUAGACCUUCUGAAAUCUCAUGGUUAUCCGAUUUGCCCAAUGGAAUAUUUAUCACUGAAAUGUUUUGCAGCACGAGUCAUCAAGAAACACCGGAUUCCUUAUGAAGAAGAAGUGCCAGUUACCUUGUUGCCAUUUAUUGCUAUACACGGAUAGUUGCUGCAUGUUUAGACAGUUGUUACGUACGUUUUGUUUUGUGUGCAUUGUGAUAUUUUGACGUCUUCAAUCAGUAUUCAUUAUUUAUUAUUGUGAAUGAAGUCGUGUCUUGUUCUGGUGUCUUUUGAACUGCUGUUCUCUCCAUCAUUCCGGGUAGCUAUCCAAACUAAGAAUGUCAUCAAGACCCUCUAGACUUGUGCUUACGAAGAAUUUUAAAGACUGUUACAUAGCAACUGAGGCAGGGCUCUUGAAUCGAAGUGUUUGAUGCUCUUACACCAUGAAAGACUAUGGGCGUCAGACAUGCUGCCUCUCUUACUUCACCAGUAUUUUGAUUAUUAAAGAUUCUAAACUGGGACCUAGUUCUGAAAAGCGGAGUUGCUUCCCUUACAUGUUGUAGGAUUCUAUGCCCGUGGGCUCAAUUUACUGAUCAGGAGUCUCAGCUCUAUUCAAUAAUUGUUGGUUUCACCAAAGUGGAACAUCUUUCUUCUCACAAGCUGACAUUCCUUCAUGUAAAUGGUAUACUGUUCCAAGCAACAUUCAACUCGUUCACAGACUCAUAGCAGAAAUGUAUCCCAGGAAGCUACCUCUACAUAAAUGUCUCAAUGCGAUACAGAAUUGCACCAAGCUGACCAUUGCUUGGCAUUGAAUAAAAGGACUGUGUGGGUCUCCUAUGCAGGCCACAACAAACA